AGAAAAUUUCCUGACGAGUGCAAAGGCACACAUUGUUUCGAUCCCAAUAUUCUCAGCGAGAGAUGUCGCAAAGCCAAAACUAUUGUCGCAAAGACCAUUCGCCUAACGCUGGCACACGUCGAGCAGCUCAUGGUUAUGCCCAACUUCCAGCACCUGAAAGUCAUUUACUUGUCCAGAGACCCGCGAGCUCAAGUCUUGUCCAGGGACGAAGUGUUCCACAUCCACAAGAGCGAAUUCACCGAAGAGUGCGUCAAAGUUGAGGCAGAUGUGUUCGCCUUCCGCAGAUUGUCACAGCUGUUCCCUGGACAAUUCUAUUUCAUGAGAUACGAAGAUUUUUGCCAGCAGCCUUUAGAGGAGGCAUUGCAGCUCUGGAAGUUUAUUCGGACGGAUCACAACGCGACUAUGCCGGAAGAGUGGCAAGAUUUCCUGACGUCUCACGACCAAACAAAAACUGUGGUGGAAGGGCAAAUUAAAAGGUUUCAAUACAGCACAUACAGAAACUCCAGCACUCAAUGGUAUAAAUGGCGGGAGGAAAAGAACAUCACGCUGGAGGACGAAGUGUUCCACAUCCACAAGAGCGAAUUCACCGAAGAGUGCGUCAAAGUUGAGGCAGAUGUGUUCGCCUUCCGCAGAUUGUCACAGCUGUUCCCUGGACAAUUCUAUUUCAUGAGAUACGAAGACUUUUGCCAGCAUCCCUUAGAGGAGGCAUUGCAGCUCUGGAAGUUUAUUCGGACGGAUCACAACGCGACUAUGCCGGAAGAAUGGCAGGAUUUCCUGACGUCUCACGACCAAACAAAAACUGCGACCAUUCGCCUAACGCUGGCACACGUCGAGCUGCUCAUGGUUAUGCCCAACUUCCAGCACCUGAAAGUCAUUUACUUAUCCAGAGACCCGCGAGCUCAGGUCUUGUCCAGGGACGAAGUGUUCCACAUCCACAAGAGCGAAUUCACCGAAGAGUGCGUCAAAGUUGAGGCAGAUGUGUACGCCUUCCGCAGAUUGUCACAGCUGUUCCCUGGACAAUUCUAUUUCAUGAGAUACGAAGAUUUUUGCCAGCAGCCUCUAGUGGAGGCAUUGCAGCUCUGGAAGUUUAUUCGGACGGAGCACAACGCGACUAUGCCGGAAGAGUGGCAAGAUUUCCUGACGUCUCACGACCAAACAAAAACUGCGGUGGAAGGGCAAAUUAAAAGGUUUCAAUACAGCACAUACAGAAACUCCAGCACUCAAUGGUAUAAAUGGCGGGAGGAAAAGAACAUCACGCUGGAGAGCCUCCUGAACGUCGAAGAAGUUUGCUCAACCGCCAUGGACCGUCUCGGCUACAUUCCACUGAUGAACGUCGAGAACGUGAAAAAUUUAUCACUUCCGUUCAUCAGAAACUACAGCUGUGAUUUUUGGAACUGCUGGACGCACAGAUUUUGAUGUUUGCUUGGUAGAAGAUCUAUAUAUUUUCUUAGCUUCCCAUCGCAACUCUCAAAUUGUGAUAGAUCUUGCCUCGUACAAUGUGCCUUGAACCCGAAAUAUGCCAAAACCGGCAAUAAAUUCAUCGAUGUCAAUAAUCUAUUAAGCUGUCACCUGACCGAAAGUUAGGCAGCAACUUCAUACAUUGAUCCAUAGCUGUAUUUGUCCUAUUAAAGAUAAUACGAGGUUUUCCGUCAUCUAAUAAGUCGAAUUUCGAACUUAUUAGUAACCUUAUUAGGCCAGAACGAAUUUCGAGUUUCCGUUCGAACUCCACAAAAUCUAUUUUCAUAAUUUUAUAAAAAAGACUUCGAAAAUCUCAUGAUAUCUAUUGAUAUAACAUUGUUUUUUAUCGAGAUUAACAAUGAAAAUAAUCUACUCGAAAUAUUAAUUUGUGUAUGAAGUUCCUAAAAUAUUCUAUCGGGCUGUGUUCACCCUGAUUAUUGUUUGCUUGCUGUGUAAGCGAUUGCUUCAUGCUGUGGUAUGAUGGAGCUGAACCUAAUGCUUAUUAAUAAUUAUUCAGCAUUCAUUAUUAUUAUUAUUCGUUUCAGUAAGUAAAUUUAAUUCCUUAUUUGAUGUUGUGAUAGUUAUAUUAUCUGAAAUCAACAUGAAAUAUUCUUUGAAGUCUCACGUACAUGCACGUUAUUGUAUAUAAUGUCUUCGCGAAUAUCAUAAAACUGAAAAAACUGAUAAACAUAAAUGAAUUUUAAAAUACAUCAAUCUCCGUCCAUUUAAUGAGGUAUUUAAUUUUAAUUAUAUAUUACAUUUUUAUCUAGAUCAUUAG